CUUGUUUUUGCUUCAUCCUUCUUUUGCAUCUAUUACUGUGCAAUAAAAUAUGAGUAGUAACUGUCCGGUAUGCAACCAUUCUGUAGGUUCUGAUGAUGAACGUGUUUCGCUUCAUUGCGGUCAUAUUUUUCACAAUAAUUGUUUUGGAAAUGACUACAUGAAUACAUUAACAGGAUGCAACGAGUGUAUCACUCAAAAUUGGAAAGUAUAUAAGAAUAUGAGGAGCCAUACUCCUAUGGUACAUAGCAGAUCAGACACCAAUCUUCAAGCUCUUGGAAACCUCCACCUUAAGCAAGAUAACAGAGAAGUCAUUCAAGUAUUGGAAUCAGCAAACCGACAGUUCAUGAGUGACAUCAGAGUUUACAAGAACAUGGCAAAUGAUUCGCGUAACUUGGCAGCUAAAGAGGCUAUAAAACUCGAAAAUUUGAAUAAAAAAUACGAAAGUCUUCAAAGGGAGCAUUCGGAUACAAAAAGAAGAGAAGAAGAAGAGCGGGCCCGUGUCAAGAGAAGAGACAACAGCAUUAGAACAAAAGAGAGGGAGCUGAUUCUUUUAAAGGAAAAGAAUGCUACCUUGAAUAAUCAGUGUAUUGCUCACCAAGCGAAGAUUGUUACCUUAGGUCGUGAGAUUCAAAGGCUAACUAAAAAAUCGGCUGUAGCUAAAUUCUUUGGCCAUUUGGGAUUCUCGGGUCGGGGUCAAUAACGAAAGUACGCUGAUGCCAAACCUUUUUAAAUAUUUACUAGUUAUCCAAAUCUUAAUAUCU